AUGACAAUUCCAUCAUCUACAUCCAUGACAAAUACAGAUAAACUUAAAAAAAUUAACUUAUAUCAAAGUAAAUCAUUGCAAGAAAAGAUGAAAAAGGUCACAACAAUUUCAACUACUACCGCCUCCUCAUCAUCAACGUCUAAUUUAACAAAAAAAGAAUUAAAAAAAUUAAAAUCUCUUUUACCAACAUUAAAACGAAAAUCGUCAUCAUCACCGAUUGAAAUUGUAAUGGAAACAAUUCGAUAUAUUAGAGAAUUAGAAGAACAAUUAAUCGAUAGAUUCAUGGAAACAGAUUUGAAUACAUCAAACGUGAAUUCAAUAAUACAUCAGACUGGGAAUAAUCAGUCAGAUAAUUCAGAUACAUCAUCAUUAUCAGAUAUAUCUGACACAAUUCUACAAUCAUCAUCGGCUCAUUUAACUGAACAUCCAUUACGAGACAUUGGUAAUAGUGAAUAA